GUAGAAGGAGACGAAGAAGAAGAACACAGAAAAACAUCUCAGUUGAUCUAAAGCGUCUCUGACUCUCUACGCGACAGUUUUCGUGAGGAUAUCGCUUCUGCGUGUUUAUUUUUAACAUAUGCGGUUAUUUCUAGCAGAAGUUCGCAGUAUAUAAUGUAAUUAGCCUACAUUAACAGAGUGAAUGGACUGUUAGCCACAGUGGAGCUAAAGCUGCUAACAGCAGGGGGGCUAAUCAGCGUUUCCGACCUUUAAAGCUUUUAAAGGUUCAUGGUUUAUUGCUACAAGAAGAAUCAAGUGUGUGAGACAGCGCAGUCUGUGGACACCUCCUCUAACCUUGUUGUCCAGCUGAGGACCGAGAGACUGGGGACAGUUGCAGAGAGGACACAGAGCUGCUGACCAAGAAGCUACGAGAACAACACGUGAAGGCUGCAAACUAGGAUUGUGAAAAGGAGAUUCCCAAUUGGAGCAAGAAUGUCUGAACUAAUGAAGGUUGUAGCAGACAAACCCAGUCUGGUGUCCUCCAUACCUGCAGCAUCCUCCUCAGAACUGAAGCAGAAACAAGACAACAACGAUCUCAGUAAACAGCAGCUGUUAGUGGGUAAAGAAAAGGUUCCUGAUCUUUGGAGCUCCAGUUUGGACCAGCAGAACCCAGAACUCCUCCAGAUGAAGAAGAAAGAGGAGAAACUGAGGAUCCUCCAGGAAGGAGAGCAAUCUGCUGUGACGAUUGAGCAUGAGGAGAAUCUGCAGUUAACUGAAGACAACAUAGACUCAGCUAUACCAGUCAAAACAGAACAUGGUCAAAAGGCCUGUGGAGAACCAAAACCAGACUGUAACCCAAAUACUCAAAUACAGCCAAAUACUGAUAGAAAUUCCUCAGAUUCUUCUGAGACUGAACACAGCUCGGAUGAUGAUGAUGAUGAUGAUGAUGAUGAUGAUGAUGAUGAUGAUGAUGAUGAUGAUGAUGAUGAUGAUGAUUACAGGUUUUCAGAUUCUUCAUCUGAAACUGAAGCGAUUGAUGAAACCAGGACACUUCAGUCAGGGGUAAACAGCAGUGUGGGAGGUAAAACUGUCAAGAAACUCUUCAGCUGCACAGAGUGUUAUAAACAGUUUACAUACCAACGGUCAUUCCUGAAACAUCUGAAAUGUCAUUCAGGAGUAAACGCUGAUCAGAAGCAACCAGGAGACAAAGCUAAAGAGAAUACUUUUAUUUGUAAAGACUGUGGUAAAACUUUUAAGAAUCAUUCUUGUCUUAGAUCACAUAUAACUAUCCACACUGGAGAAAAACCAUUUGCCUGUGUUGAUUGUGGCAAAGAAUUCAGGCUAGCACAAGGUCUAAACCUUCACAGGAGAAUCCACACUGGAGAAAAACCAUUUACUUGUCGUGAAUGUGGUAACACAUUUAGCUACAAGCACAGUCUUGACUUUCACAUGGCUUACCACACAGAAGAAAAACCAUUUAAAUGUGAGGAAUGUGGUAAAGCAUUUUCCAACAAAAGCACUCUUAAGACCCACAUGACAAUUCAUAAAGGAGAAAAACCUUUUGCCUGCAGUACUUGUAAUAAAUGCUUCAGACUUCGUGGUGAUCUUAGCGCACAUAUGUUAACUCACACAGGCAUGAAACCGAUUGUCUGCAGUUAUUGUGGAGCCACUUUUACUCGGCAGUCAACUCUGACAAGACACAUUAGACGUCACACAGGUGAAAAACCUUUUUCCUGUGAUAAGUGUGAUAGAAUGUUUUAUCGAAAAUCAGAUCUAAAGUAUCACAUGUCAACUAAUUUAGGAGAACACAAGAUACCCAGUGGAAAAGGAAAAUACGCCUGUAAGGAAUGUGGAAAAAAACAUAUGCGUAAGGAGCGUCUUGUAGCACACAUGUGUACCCACUCAGGAGAAAAACCUUUUAGCUGCAGUUUUUGUAGUGCACGUUUUGUACGCAAGGAUAGUCUCAGGAUACACACAAGGAGUUUUCACAGUCAAUAGAAACUGCUCAUUUCAGGGUUUAAGAUUCAACAGUUUUUGUUUAUAAGACACUUCUGGACAGUUAUUUGUUUUACUGUGUUGUCAUGUUUCUUUAAUUCAAACAUAUUUAGAGUAUUAGGGGUUUACAUGAACUUUUUU